AUGGACUCGACUUCUCGUGUCCCGAGCGUGACACAGGGUGAUUUGACUGCGUUCCACCAGCAAAUAUAUGGGAAACCAGCACCACUCAAUUCAUUGCUAGAGGCUCAGUCCUCAACAAAUCUUGAUCAAACGCAUGGAGAUGAAUACGAAGAGGAGGUUAAUGAUGACCUCGGCUACUAUCCGGAUGGCAAGAAGCGUACUUUGACAGACGAGCAAAUCUCCAUCUUUAGGCACAGCGAGGUCUACAACCUCAUUCGACAACGACAAGUCCGGCUCGAAAAUGGCAAAGCUGAACCCUUGUUCCCUCAGCCUGUAAAGGAGAGCGAUGCAGAGAUGGCUUCUGACGAUGCCCACGCAAAAUCAGGGACAACGCCAACUGAGCCUUACUUUAACCAGGGUAAAACUUCUCUUCAAAAAGUGGAUCUUCGCAAGCCACGACAGAAAAGACGAAAGCUCCAGCAUGAGCAACCAACGCAACCUCCAACUCAAGACUACCCAUCUCGAAGGGAGAUCAGAGAGUUUGAUAAUGCCGCUGUUGCUCCUGAGGAGGAGUUAGAUUACUAG